UGAAAGAAAAAGAAAGAUAAUUUAUUGUUUUAAUUAAGUACUAGUUUUCUAAGGAUGCUGGAAGGAAAAGAAAAUAAUAUUCCAACUAAUUUGACUACUAAUCAAUUACCAAAAGACGACAAACUACAAGUUAAUAAUUUUAAACAAUUGAGAAUUGUAAACACCACAAAUUCAGUGUUGAAGAACAAUCAAGAGAUUAUUAAAGAAACUGAUAAUAAAAUUGUGCAAUAUGAUAAAACUGAUUCAACCAACUGUACAACUAAAACUAAUCAAAACAAUAUUUCCAAACAAUUGUCAAAGGAACAGCCUUCUACGUCCAAGUCAACUGAAGUAAAUCUUCCAGUUAACUGUGAUAAUGCUACUAGUAAUAAUAAUGACAAAAAAGAUGUUGCGAGUGCUAAUAAUACUGAACAGAAUGAUGCAAAUAAUAAAAGUAGUAAAAAGAAAUGGGUACUUACGGAUUUUGAUAUAGGACGUCCUCUUGGUAAAGGAAAAUUUGGAAACGUUUAUCUUGCUAGGGAAAAAAAGUCUAAAUUUAUUAUAGCGAUGAAAGUAUUAUUUAAAGCCCAAAUACAAAAGCAAGGCGUUGAAGAUCAAGUUAUGUUGUAUCAAGUGCAAAGAGAAAUUGAAAUACAAACCCACCUAAGACAUCCUAAUAUCUUACGUAUGUAUGGUUAUUUUCAUGAUGAAAAAAGAGUAUAUUUGAUAUUAGAGUAUGCUCCGAAGGGUGAAUUGUAUAAAGAAUUAAAUGCACAGCCUGACAAACGUUUUGACGAUGUUAGAACUGCCACUUACAUAUCGCAAUUAGCUGAUGCCUUAAAAUAUUGUCACAGUAAAAAUGUAAUACAUCGUGAUAUUAAACCAGAAAAUUUAUUGCUCGGUUUAAAAGGUGAAUUGAAAAUGGCUGAUUUUGGUUGGUCUGUUCAUGCACCUUCAUCAAGACGAGAAACUUUAUGUGGCACUCUUGAUUAUUUACCACCAGAAAUGGUAGCUGGAAAGACUUAUAAUCAUACCGUAGAUUUGUGGAGCAUGGGAGUACUGUGUUAUGAAUGUUUAGUUGGUACACCACCAUUUCUUACACAGAGUUAUGAAGAAACAUAUAUAAGAAUUAAAAAAGCUAAUUAUAAAUUUCCUAAUUUUGUUAGCGAAGGCGCAAGAGACUUAAUUUCAAAGUUGUUAGUUAUUAAUCCAGAAAAAAGACUAUCAUUAGAAGAUGUUUUAACUCAUCCUUGGAUCGUGAAAAAUCGCACAACAGAACCCUAUGUGCUGUGAUAUAUUAUUUUUAUUUCUAAGACUGUCGCUAUAUUUUAACAAUCUAAUAAAUGACGAUUGAUCUUUCUUAAUUUAAUUAAUGGAUAGAUUAAUUUUAUAGGUGAUUUUAUAAUCAA